AUGAGACUCCCACAAUUAUUUAACUGGAAUCAAGAUGACAAACAGGAGGUUAAUAAGCUGACCCACGAGGUCAACGUCCUCAACUGGCACGUCAAACAUCUUGAAAAUAUGCAACCAAUGCAAAUGCCAAAAGCACAGACUCAACCCAUGUCGGACACACAUUACGGAGACGCUCUUCAAAGCAUGUCAGAGUCCUCAUCGAGGAGGGGUUCAGAUGUUUCCACAAUGUCCAUUCCACCGCCCACUGUUGAUCACUCAAUCGCUUCCUCGCCUCCAAAGACACCGAGAAAGUUUGGUCCUCUGGAUGAAUGGUGCGUUUUUUUCUGA